CAAACACAUAUCAAUGGUAUCUUUGUCUUAAAACCAAAAGCAAAAUUAUUAAACUACUGCUGAAAUUUAUUCCAAAUCUAAAACACACCUUUUUUAGCUUCCACUCUACUGUCCCUUCCCUUUUUUCUCUCACUAAAAAUACUUUCCCUUUUCUGUCUCUCCCGCUCCCUCUACUCCUACUUUCCCUCUCUAGUUCUUGAACAUUGAGAGAUAAGAGAGCAAGAGAUACAUACAGUGGCAGUGUGUGUAGCGAGAUGAGAGGACCUUUAGGGGCAGUGAUAGGGAGGUACCCUUCAAGUGAUGGGAGUACUCAAGUUGGCGGAAUCAUUAGACACAACAGGAAAUGUCGAGAUGUUGCAUUUCUUGUUAUUUUCAUAGCAUUCUGGGUUGCUAUGGUUGUUAACUCUAGCUUUGGAUUCAACAAAGGAAACCCUUUAAGGCUUACUUAUGGGCUGGACUACAAAGGAAAUGUUUGUGGUGACAGACAUGCACACCCUGGUCUUCGUGAAUUGGAGCUUACAUAUUGGUUAAAUCCUAACCAGGUCUAUCUUAGUGGUUUGAAGAACGGCCAAUUCAAGUUGGCUAAUGCUCGGAGUAUAUGCUUGUUGGACUGUCCCAUUCCAUCAGAAGAUGCACUUAAUUGGGUGUGUGAUUAUCCAGAAGGAGAAAUCCGUCUCUCUGUGGAUGAUUGGAUUGAUAGGAACUAUGACUAUUUUGAGUUCCUCACUCCUGAAAUGAGAAACACCUCUCUUCAACUUCAGGGUCCCUGUUACCCUGUGAUAUUCCCAAGUGUAAAUGUUUAUUGGAGAUGCCAAUAUGUUGCUCGUGCAUCAAAUGUAUCUAUGCGACAUUGGCAGCAAAUGGGUGGAGUGAACAUCAAUGAGGACAUUAUAAUAGACAAAUCCAUUCACAGGUCCAUCAAUGCUCGGUCAUCAGUUUUGAAGAGAUACGUGGCUGACAUUGAAAAGUCCUGGCCAGUAUUGAUUGUUUGUGGAGGGCUCUUGCCACUAUUUGUAUCAGUGAUCUGGCUACUGCUGAUUCGGCAUUUUGUUGCUGCAAUGCCUUGGAUAACAGUUGCCCUUUUUAAUAUUCUCAUUAUUGCAGUAACAAUGUUUUACUACCUUAAAGCUGGAUGGAUUGGGAAUGAUGCGAUCUCCCCUAUCAUUGGUGCACAUGAUCCGUACUACCACGUGUUUGGACGGGAGCUAAAUCAUCUCCGCGCUGCUGCUGUUCUGAUGACUUUUAUAAUGGUUGUUUCCAUCCUUACAUCAAUUGCCAUAGUCCACCGCAUCCUUAUGGCUACAUCUGUCCUCAAGGUUGCUGCAAAGGUCAUAGGAGAAGUUCAAGCACUCAUAAUCUUUCCAGUGAUGCCAUAUGCUAUCCUUGGAAUCUUUUAUAUGUUCUGGUUUGCAGCUGCAUUCUACUUGUUUAGUUCCGGCCAGAUUGUCCAGAACAAUUGCAACUCCAAUUGCUGUGCAUAUGAUCUUGUAUCAAAAAGGGUCAACUGUGAUCGUUGCUGUGGUUAUAGCAUCCAUUAUACUCCUCACAUAUCAAUUGCAAUUUUUUUCCACCUAUUUGGUUGUUACUGGGCCACCCAAUUCUUUAUAGCGUGCUCUUCAACUGUGAUUGCGGGUUCUGUUGCCUCCUAUUAUUGGGCUCGUGGUGAGACAUCGCCAGAGAUUCCAUUCCUACCUGUUUUUUCCUCUAUGAAGCAGCUUAUACGGUACAGCCUUGGUUCUGUGGCUCUUGGCUCCCUGGUGUUGUCGUUUGUGGAAUCUGUUCGCUUCAUACUUGAGUCAAUUCGUCGCAAACUGAAAGUUGCUAAUACUACUCCUGAAAGCUGUAUGGGAAAGACAGCAUAUCACACUUCUCGGUUUUGUUAUCAGUGUAUUGAGUGGAUUAUAAGAUCUGUGAACCGCAAUGCUUAUAUAAUGAUAGCUAUAACAGGUAAAAGCUUCUGCAGAGCUUCUGCAAUUGCAACUGAAUUGAUCAUCAGCAACAUCCUUAGAAUAGGGAGGGUGAAUGUGAUUGGAGAUGUCAUUCUAUAUCUUGGAAAGUUAUGUGUCAGCCUCUCAAGUGCACUUUUUGCUUUCCUGAUGUUGGAUACCCACAAAUAUAGAUCAGCUCAUAACAAGAUUUCCUCCCCACUGCUUCCUGUGCUGGUCUGCUGGGCUCUCGGUUACGUUGUUGCGACCCUCUUCUUCGCUGUGGUGGAGAUGUCAAUUGAUGCUAUCAUUCUUUCAUUCUGUCAGGAUUCGGAGGAGCACCAGGGGACAGCACAAUAUGCUCCUCCCCUUCUGAUGGAGACACUGGGUGAUCAAAAUGAGAUGCAGAGACUUACUCAAUGAAACAUCCUAAUGUAUAAGUUGCUUAUGUCGCAGUUGCUCAGUAGAAUUUGAUAAUCUAGUCAAUAUUACUUGGUGAAUGAACUUGGAAAGUAAAGGGAAAAGUCGCCAGUGCCGUUUCUAUUUA